AUUGACCUCCAUAUACGUUUCGAAUGUUUUCACACAAUCUCAGAUGUUAACGCUAUUGCUCUUCAAUCCUACGAUAACCCUGAGAUCUUCAAGAUAGAAGCUAUUCCACAUAUAUUUUUUGGCAUCACAUUUGACAAUCUGUCAGCUAGAAUUAAUUUACUUAGCCGUUUAGGGAAGAAAAUGCAUCAUCAAAGACCUCAAUAUUGCCUCCCUUGAAUUUUCGAAUUGAGCCAUGGGUAUUCCCUAUUUUGCAGCCACCUCAGUUGCACUCAUAGGGGUAUUCGGAUCAGUAUCCGAUAUCUCAAAUCUCUUCGCCUUUACAAUUGUACAUAAUAGAUACCUCCUUUUCCAUAUAUUCCAAAAAUAUGUCGAUCUAUCUACUUUCAUCGCCCACACCGGGAGCAUGGCUUUCCUGUUUGCACUUCUCCAGAUUACUCGGUACUUCCGAGGACUUGAGGUAGCAUCUACAAACUUAGAAGGUCAAGUUCUCAAGCCUAUGUUUUUCCCUGCAAAAACAAGUCAUCUAAGACUGUUUCCAAAGAAACAUGGUUUCUCAUACUCCUACCUCCUGACCGGCGUACCGGUUGGAUGGACGGGAUCUUCAGGAGGAAUGAUUUCAGUCGAUGAAAAGAAUAAUAUAUUCCCUUGGUAUAAGAGGCUAUUAUAUUUUCAACCCAUGUCUCCUUGGUAUGCUGUUGAUGGAGACGCUUAUUUGGAGCGAGGUCAUGUACCUGGUGGAUUGGAGGGUAAAUUAAAAAGGUUCCUUCACGAUCAGGUAAUAUCAACUCUUCAUAUUUCGAAAUCCCAUUAACAAUGUCCAGGGCUUAAACCAUGAAGACUAUCCUUACGCGUAUCUCAUGACAUCCUCCAGAUUUUUGGGGUAUCAAAACAAUCCUGUCUCCAUAUGGAAUCUUUAUUCAAGGAAUAAAGAAUUGAAAGCUGUCAUUCUCGAAGUCAACAAUACAUUUGAUGAGCGUCACACCUAUUUUGUCACAUCAAAAGAUGUAGAGGCUUCUAUGAUAGAGGAAACAAAAGGGAAGCCAGCGAGAUUCACAAACACCUGGUCCAAGGAGUUUUAUGUUUCACCUUUCAACUCUCGAAGCGGUUCCUAUUCCAUCUCUGCAUCUGAUCCAUUUUUUCCAUCGCUCUCCGGAAGUAAUCCUCUCGAUCUCACGUUGACUCUCACUUCCACCGAACGUGCAUUUUUAGUCGCGAGAAUCUUUUCCGAUGGCCCUGCAAUCGAUCCAUCCACAAUGUCAGUAGUUCAAAAGACUCAAUUCAUUUUAUCAUGGUGGUGGGUAGGAUUUGCUACAUUUCCUCGGACAUUAGUUCAAGCUUCCAUACUAUUCUUCAAACGGUCACUACCUUGGGUUUCGCGCCCAGAACCACUGAAAGUGACACUUUCAAGACAUGCCGAUACAACCCAGAAAACUUUCGAGGUAUUGUUUAGGCAAUACCUUCAACAUCUUAUUGAGACGGCGGAUCAACCUCUAGUUCUGAAGUAUAGACCUGCUGGGCUUCUAGAUAAUAAAGUAGAAUUGAUGUAUUCGCCCUCGGCCCAAAUGUCUCCACAAAUAGCGGAAUCUAUCGAAAUAUCAGUCUUUACACCUAUUUUCUAUACGCGAUUCGUCAAAUAUAUCGAUGUCAUCCAAGCUCUUGAAAUGGAAUCAAAGAAUGAGAUCAUAUCUAUCUCAAAUACUGAUCUUCUAUGGCCAUUACCCGUCCAACUAGAUAUAAAACCUGGUAUGCGAUCCGAAGACUAUGGUUCGUCGGAUAUCAACACUUUUUCCUACAUAUUCUUCCGAACGAUCUAUUCUACUCGUAUCCUACCACUUCUCGAAUCUAGUGGCAGUGUCUUUUCGUCUUUUGAAAAAUACAUUCUCAAGGAAACCGAUCAUGCCACUUCGUCGCUAUACCAGCGGAUGUUUUUCAAGAUGUGGCUCAGUAAUUGGGUUGCUUUUGGAUUGAUAGAUUUGUUGGAACUUCAAUGGUGGCUAAUAAAAUCUGGAGUUUCUUGGUGGGUAGCGGGAAAGUUAUGGUUGGUGAAGGAGUGAAUAGAAUCUAAGACAUUCGCCAGAGCAGGGUAUGGAGAGUAGAUGAUAUGUUAGAUGCGGAGGGGAUGGCAAAUAUUAAAACCCGGUAUGUAUAUAGAUAACAAUCCUCAUAGAUCAAAUAGAAUUGAAGAACUCUGUUGCUUUUACCCGUGGAAUCA